AUGGACACGGAGACUCCCCAUGCCCAGGACAACGGCUUCACUCAGUCUCCUUGGAUGGAUAUGGGCGGGUUCCAUCCGUCCCAGCAACAUUCGCCUCCAUUGGAUUAUCACGGCUUUGGAUACCCAGUUCAUGUACCUCUAGAUGCGUCCUACGGCGUCACGAUACCACCGCCUUAUGCGCCACCUGCGUUGCCCAUGACGGUGCCUUCCAAUGCCUGGCCCAGCAUGCUUACCACUACCUCUCAACCGCCUUUCCAGCACGCCGAGCACCCAGUGGCUCCGGUACCUAUCGCCCCAUCUGUAUCUCCAAUUGCGGUAGUUCCACCCCCUAGGAAGUCGUCCACGAGUAGCGCAACGCCACGGAGAACUCUUACCGACGAUGACCGACGGAGGAUGUGUAUCUACGCCGAGGAGAAUAAGACCGCCAAACAGAGUGACAUUGGAGCACUUUUUGGUGUCGAACGAAGCACUGUCUCAAAAGUCCUGCGGCAUAAGGACAAGUAUCUCAACCCCGAGGAUGGAAGUCGAUCACCUAUCAAAAGGGCCAAGGGCCGAGUGCCUGACAUUGAAAAAGCCCUGUCCAACUGGGUUAGGAACUAUCAGCGCGGAGGCCAUGGCCUAACCGAUGAAAUGAUUCGAGAAAAGGCUCUUUUUUUCGCCAACACUUGUGGUUCGGACGGGAAGGAGAAGGUCCUGAGCACUAGCUGGUUGGAGAAAUUCAAGCAUAAGAAUGGCUUGCUGGGAGCUAAGGUUCGAAAGGGCUCAUUCGGAGCAAAGAGCGAACCCGAGAGCCCAACUGGCCUGAGCCCAACCGGUCUGAGUAUCAACUCGGCUCUAGCAUCUGCUGUGCACUCACCCACUGUGCUUUCGCCCAUUUCACCUAGGGGUACUGGCUUCAUAUCUCCUUCACCGUUGUCACCCGCCCAGAGCCACGAAAACAUCAGAGGGAGUAUUUCCAUCGGGCCUACGGAUCUUGGAAUUGACUUUCAACAUUCGCACUCUCGGAUCUCGCUCGAUACUAGCUCUUCUUUCUCCCCAACAUCCACACUGCUGACCGAGAGUCCGUUCACUCCAUCCAGUCAGUCCCGUAUCUCUCCCACGGACGGAAACGCCAGCAGACCUAGAAGCCAGACAUUCCCACUCGCCAACGCGGAUCCUCUCUCUAUGCCCGCGGACGAUCCAUCCGAACCGACAUCUGCCAUGAAGGGACUUUUACCCGCUGCAAUGGAGGACGCUGUUGGAGAGGGCAAUGAUCAGAAAAUCUCCCUCAACAUCGACACAUCCGCUGGCACGAUUAAACGCAACCGAAGCAACCCAGACAUUCGGGCCAGAACUAUCUACCCUCCGUCAUAUUCGAAGUCUACGACCGUCUCCCCGAUUAGCUCUCCAGGAUCCCCGACUCAGGACGAAGCCCGCAAGGCUUUGGAGCUGGUGGUAAACUAUUUUGAGCACCAGAGCACUGGAUUAGGCGCCCAAGAAGCCCUUACCAUCGGCAAACUACUGGAGAGGUUACAGCUCGCCCAACAGCAGCCUACGCUACCAGGGGGUCUCACUCGUAUCGACGAGCACGACGACGCCCCCGCACCUCAUCAACCUCGUCUCACCAAGAAGCGAAGCAUCCAUAAUUUUGGUUAA